GCGUUGCAUUAACUGCGUCAUAUCGGUUAUAAUCUGGGAAUAAAUAAGCACGAAACUUCUGUGUAUCAAUGAGUAUUUAAGGCAGUGCUAGUUUCAACCAGAUCACUUCGAUUUGCGCCGAGCAGAACGAAUCAUUAAAAAAUCGACAUGUUCAGGCUAUUUGUUGUUGUGUUGAAUAUUUCAGUCUGUGCUCAUGCUCAGGACUGCACACCGUCAAUUACGACUGUUGGAGGAUCUUAUGCUCCAAGCGAGAUCUGUUCGGGCCAAUUGAUUUUGGACGAAAACUUCGACACUUUGGACAAACAAUUGUGGCAACCGGAAGUUACACUUGAAGGCGGCGGUAACAACGAAUUCGAAUGGUACGUGGCUGAUGAUGAGAAUAGCUUUGCUGAAAAUGGAAAACUACACAUAAAACCGACGUUAACGUCACAUGAAAUCGGUGAAGACGAUGUGGAACAUGGUUCCGUUGAUUUGAAAGACUGUACCGACCAAAAUAAUCCAGAAAAAAAUUGCCACAAGCAGGCUGGCGGCGACACCAUAAUCAAUCCCAUACGCAGUGCUCGCUUGAAUACGCAGAAUUCGUUCACCUUCAAAUACGGACGCGUUGAGUUCAUUGCGAAAUUACCCAUCGGAGAUUGGAUGUGGUCACUUCUACAUGUUUGUCUUUUGAAGUAAUUUUUUGCACUAAAUUUCAAAUUGUGUGUUUUUUGAUCAGGUCUUUGGCUUUUGGCUGCCGAAGACAACUACAAAGGGUGGAAUGGCGAGAUUGAUGUGAUGGAAUCUCGUGGCAACCGUAAAUAUGUCAAUGAUGUCGAAUCAACAUUACA